AUUUUUGACAUAAGUCAAACCGUUCUCAUCGUCUGUGUAAAAAAAAGUGAAAAUACGAAUUAUUUUCACAUAUGUAUUUAUGCUGGAUAAUUUAAUCAAAUGUGCGUUCAUUAAUUUGUCUAGGAAAGCUACACUUAUCCAAGUUAACGUAAUAAGUGACGCAUCACAGUUGCCAGCGUAUUGAGUUAAUAAAUAUAAUAUGGGUGGUGUACUGAGUUAUUUCCGCGGUCUGCUCGGCUCACGCGAGAUGCGCAUACUGAUAUUGGGUCUCGACGGUGCUGGCAAAACGACUAUACUUUAUCGGCUGCAAGUCGGUGAAGUGGUUACAACAAUACCGACAAUCGGUUUCAAUGUCGAGCAGGUUACGUAUAAGAAUUUGAAAUUUCAAGUAUGGGAUUUGGGCGGUCAGACGAGUAUAAGACCGUAUUGGCGUUGUUACUAUAGCAACACAGACGCUAUCAUUUAUGUAGUGGACUCAGCAGAUCGUGAUCGGAUAGGCAUAUCUAAAGAUGAACUGCUCUAUAUGUUACGGGAGGAAGAACUUGCAGGCGCCAUACUUGUUGUGCUUGCCAACAAACAGGAUAUGGAGGGUUGUAUGACAGUUGCGGAAGUGCAUCAUGCGCUCGGUUUGGAAAAUUUGAAAAAUCGUACUUUCCAAAUAUUCAAAACAUCAGCGACCAAAGGGGAAGGUUUGGAUCAAGCGAUGGAUUGGCUAUCCAAUACGUUGCAAAGUCGUAAAUAGUGCAACUAGAGAUAUACAGAAUUUCCUCUCCCAUACCUACUGUUCCCCUUAAAAAAAAGUUCUUUAAAAUAUUUUAAUUUGUUCUUAAUUUUAAGUAAUUAUAUGCAUUUUAUAUACAUCAAACGUAUAAAAAAAUCUGAAUGAAA